AUGGCCGAUCCCAACAAUGUCUCGCAGUACAAGUACUCGGCGAUGUCCAACCUGGUCCUCCAGGUGGACCGCCGCUUCGUCUCGCGUGCGAAGGACGAAAACACUGGUGACCCAGAAUCCUUGGCUGGACGACUCAAUAUUCGAGACAUGGGGUCGCGUGUCGCCCGAGAACAGGCACCCAAGCAGAAAAAGACGCCUUCUGGGUUGCAGGUAGAAAGAGGGUCGAUACGUGAAGGCGAGGAUGUUCUGGAGCGAGAGCAGAGAAAACGAAAGCGCGGUGAACCUGCCCAGACUCGCGGCGCCGGCGUCCUGUCCGCUGGCGAUGCCUUGAUCGAAGGGCUCAAGUAUCGUCCGAGAACACCUGCCACACGUGCUACCUACGACCUUCUGCUUACCGUCACCGCCAAUGCAUUGGGUGAUGUUCCCCAGGAAGUCGUCCGCAGCGCUGCCGACGCGAUCCUCGAAUACCUGAAAGAUGAAAAUCUCAAGGACUUGGACAAGAAGAAAGAAAUCGAUGACAUUGUCGGGACUACGCUGACCCCGAAAGAGUUCAACGAGUUGGUCAAUUUGGGCAAGAAGAUCACCGACUACGAUGCUCAGGACGACGACGAAAACAUGGACGAUGCAAACGCAGACGGGGGCGAGCUCGAUGAACGGCAGGGUGUCGCGGUCGUCUUUGAUGAAUCAGACGAGGACGAAGAUGGCGUACACAGAACGUAUGAGGUCCGGGAUGGAGACGACGCCUCAGAUGAAGAGGAGGAUGUGCAAGACCAACCUGGACUUGACGAGGCCGCUGAGGCUGGCGGCGCGGGAGUACCAGAGAUCGACCCGGAUGAAGACAUUGAAGAGGAAAUGGUAAUCGAUGCUGGCAUUGCGGACUCGAGCCGACGGAAGCGCGACGAUAGCGACUCGAUUCCAAUUCACGAAAUCGAUGCGUACUGGCUGCAACGUCAAAUUGGAGCCAUUUACUCUGAUGCGCACAUCCAACAGCAAAAGACUCAAGAUGCAUUGCGGAUUUUGUCUGGCAAGUCAACCGAGGGAGAAGACUUGUCGCUUCGGGAUAUCGAAAACGACUUGAUGGACUUGUUUGACUACGAGCACCCUGAGUUGGUAAGCAAACUUGUUUCUAACCGGGACAAAAUCGUCUGGGCGACCAGGUGGCGCAGAGUUGCUGAAGACGAUGACGCCCGGAACUUGGUGGAGAGCGAAAUGGUCGAAGCCGGCCACCGCAGCAUUCUCGACGAGCUGCUUGGAAAAUCAGACCGAACCACAGAAGGUCCGAGACCUGCUAAAAAGCUGAAGUUAGACCUCAUGGAUCUCGACAUUCCCAAAGCCCAGGAGGAGGAGCACAAGGAGAAGAAGGACGGCGUUCUUUCAGGUGGCCUACAGCCUCAACGCUUGAUCAACCUUGAAAACCUUGUCUUUGAGCAAGGAAAUCAUCUCAUGACCAACCCCAAAGUCAUACUUCCCCAAGGUUCGACGAAACGAACAUUCAAAGGAUACGAAGAAAUCCACGUCCCGGCGCCGAAGCCUAGGCGAGACCCAGGAGAGAAAAAUAUCCCAACGACGGAUCUUCCCGAUUGGGCGAGGCAAGGCUUCGGAUCCGCGAAGGAGCUCAAUCGGAUACAGUCCAAAUGCUAUCCGUCGGCCUUCCACGACGACGGCAACAUGCUCAUUUGUGCUCCUACAGGUUCUGGAAAGACUAACGUCGCCAUGUUGACCAUGCUUCGUGAGAUUGGAAAACAUCGAAAUCCGGAGACAGGGGAGAUCAUGUUGGAUGAUUUCAAGAUCAUCUACAUUGCCCCCUUGAAGGCUUUGGUCCAGGAGCAGGUGGGCAAUUUUGGAAAGCGCCUCGAAUCCUACGGUAUCCGAGUUGCGGAACUCACUGGCGAUCGACAGCUUACAAAACAGCAAAUCGCCGAUACUCAAGUCAUUGUCACGACACCAGAGAAGUGGGAUGUUAUCACUCGAAAGGCUACCGAUAUGAGCUAUACAAGACUGGUCCGUCUGAUCAUCAUUGACGAAAUCCAUCUCCUGCACGAUGAUCGUGGGCCGGUUCUAGAGAGCAUCGUUAGUCGAACCAUCCGAAAGAUCGAGCAGACUGGCGACGCUGUCAGGAUUGUGGGCUUGAGUGCGACGCUGCCUAAUUACAGGGACGUGGCUACCUUCCUUCGAGUGGAUCCUGAAAAAGGCCUCUUCCACUUCGAUGGUUCAUACAGACCAUGUCCUCUUCGGCAGGAAUUCAUCGGUGUUACUGAGAAGAAAGCGAUCAAGAUGUUGAAGACCAUGAAUGAUGUCUGCUAUGCCAAAGUCAUUGAGCAUGUCGGCACAAAUCAGCAGCAAAUGUUGAUCUUCGUCCAUUCUCGAAAAGAGACUGCUAAAACGGCCAAACAUAUCCGGGAUAAAGCAGUCGAGCUGGAGACUAUUGGCCAAAUCAUGAGAACAGACGCCGCAAGCCGCUCUGUCCUCCAAGAAGAAGCUGAUGCUGUUCAUGAUGCCGCCCUGAAAGACCUCUUGCCUUAUGGGUUUGGUAUCCAUCAUGCUGGAAUGGGUGUUGCCGACCGUACAUCUGUGCAGGAUCUCUUUGCGGAUGGCUAUCUACGAGUUCUCGUCUGUACAGCGACACUGGCCUGGGGUGUCAAUCUCCCUGCGCAUACCGUUAUCAUCAAGGGUACUCAAGUGUACUCUCCCGAAAAAGGUAGCUGGGUCGAGCUCAGCCCUCAAGAUGUGCUUCAGAUGUUGGGACGUGCUGGGCGGCCGCAGUUCGAUUCCUAUGGCGAAGGCAUCAUUAUAACGUCACAAUCAGAGAUACAGUACUAUCUGUCACUGAUGAACCAGCAAUUGCCCAUUGAAAGUCAAAUGAUGAGCAAGCUUGCCGACAACCUCAAUGCCGAGAUUGUCUUGGGUAACAUUCGGAGCCGUGAUGAUGGCGUCGAGUGGCUUGGUUACACUUACCUAUUUGUCCGCAUGAUUCGGUCACCGGGCCUCUACAGUGUCGGGGCGGAUUACGACAACGAUGAGAAUCUGGAACAGAAGCGUGUCGACCUCGUUCACUCGGCCGCCUUUGUUUUGGAGAAGGCUGGGUUGGUGAAAUACGACAAGAAGACCGGUAAACUGCAAGCAACAGACCUUGGCCGCAUCGCCUCACACUACUAUGUCACGCACAACUCGAUGUCAACCUACAAUCAUCAUCUCCAGCCAUCGAUCAGCACUAUCGAGCUCUUCCGAAUUUUCGCCCUCAGUGAUGAGUUCAAGUAUAUUCCCGUUCGACAGGAUGAGAAAUUGGAGCUGGCCAAACUGUUGGGAAGGGUCCCGAUUCCGGUAAAAGAAGGCAUGGAAGAGCCACAAGCCAAGAUCAAUGUUCUCUUGCAGGCCUAUAUUUCUCGGCUCAAGCUCGAGGGGUUGGCCCUGAUGGCGGAUCUUGUCUACGUCACCCAAUCGGCAGGACGAAUCUUGAGAGCCAUCUUCGAGAUUUGCCUCAAAAAGGGCUGGGCUUCUGUCGCAAAAACCGCGCUCGACCUUUGCAAAAUGGCCGAGAAACGAAUGUGGCCGACCAUGACCCCCUUAAGGCAAUUCCCAAUGUGUCCCCGAGAAUAUGUGCAGAAGGCCGAGCGAGUGGAGGUGCCAUGGCCCAGCUACUUUGACUUGGAUCCGCCUCGGAUGGGUGAGCUCCUGGGCAUGCCCAAGGCAGGACGCGUCGUCUGCGAUCUUGUUUCGAAGUUUCCUCGGCUGGAGGUUCAAGCGCAGGUCCAGCCCAUCACGCGGUCAAUGCUCCAUGUGGAGCUCACCAUCACACCAAACUUCGUGUGGGAUGACGCCCUCCAUGGAGUGGCGGAGUCUUUCUGGAUCAUCGUCGAGGACUGUGAUGGCGAAGAUCUGCUGUUCCACGACCAGUUCAUACUUCGAAAAGAAUUUGCUGUUGGUGAAAUGACAGAUCAUCUGGUGGAUUUCACCGUUCCCAUCAGCGAGCCCAUCCCGCCCAACUACUUUAUCUCGUUGGUGUCCGACCGCUGGAUGCAUUCGGAGACCAGAAUCCCAGUUUCCUUCCAGAAGCUCAUCCUACCGGAGCGGUUCCCGCCUCACACUCAAUUGUUGGAUCUGCAGCCGGUACCGGUGCAGGCCUUGAAGAUCAAAGACUAUGUUGAUAUCUACUCGGACUGGGACCGGUACAACAAGAUUCAAACACAAGUAUUCAAGUCGCUAUACGACAGCAACGACAGCGUUUUCGUUGGUGCGCCCACGGGCAGCGGCAAGACGGUCUGUGCCGAGUUUGCUUUGUUGCGGCACUGGAAAAAUCCCGAGGCUGGCAAAGCAGUCUACAUUGCACCUUUCCAAGAAUUGGUGGACAGCCGUCUCGCCGAUUGGCAACAGCGCCUCAGCCAAAUUGGUGGUGGCAAGAUCAUCUCGAGUCUGACUGGCGAGAUCACAGCCGACCUCCGAAUAUUGGACAAGUCAGACUUGGUCCUGGCCACACCUACGCAGUGGGAUGUCUUGUCACGACAGUGGCAGCGGCGAAAGAACGUGCAAAAUGUGGAAUUGUUCAUUGCCGAUGAGCUCCACAUGCUCGGCGGCGAGAAUGGUGCUGUGUACGAGGUGAUCGUUUCCAGGAUGCAAUAUAUCCACAUUCAGUUGGAGAACAACAUGCGCAUUGUCGGGUUGAGUGUCCCAUUGUCUAAUGCUCGAGACGUGGGAGAAUGGCUGGGCGCCAACAAGCACACCAUUUACAAUUUUAGCCCAUCGGCGCGUCCUGUUGGAUUGGAGUUGCACAUCCAGUCUUUCAGCAUUCCACAUUUUCCAUCACUGAUGAUGGCCAUGGCCCGACCAGCAUACCAAGCCAUUCUGCAGUUAUCGCCGGACAAGCCAGCCAUUAUUUUUGUGCCCAACAGGAAGCAAGUCCGAUCGACUGCUCUUGACCUCCUUCAGGCCUGCAUUAUGGAUGAUGACGAUGAACGGUUCCUCCACACCAACGUUGAGGAGCUGACUCCAUUCUUGGAGCGUAUCAAUGAGCGAGCACUGGCUGAAUCGUUGACCCACGGCAUCGGUUACUACCAUGAAGCUUUGACGAACACCGACAAAAAGAUCGUGGCCCAUCUGUUCAAGAUUGGCGCAAUUCAAGUCAUGCUCGCCUCUCGAGACGUCUGCUGGGAGCUGCCUGUGACGGCACAUCUGGUGGUGGUCAUGGGCACGCAAUAUUUCCUGGGCCGGGAACACCGCUACGUGGACUAUCAAAUCAGCGAAGUUCUACAGAUGUUUGGGCGAGCUACUCGACCAGGCGAGGACAGGAUUGGCAAAGGUGUUCUCAUGGUGCCGGCAGUCCGAAGAGAAUACUACAAGAAAUUCCUCAAUGAGGCAUUGCCCAUCGAAAGCCACCUCCAGCUCUGGCUGCAUGAUGCGUUCGUGACCGAAAUCAGCACCAAGACAAUCACUUCCACCCAGGAUGCGGUGGAUUGGUCUACCUACACAUACUUCUACCGGCGUCUGUUGGCCAAUCCCAGCUUCUACGGUCUGAAUGAUACCUCACAUGAGGGCCUCAGCACAUUCCUCUCGGAACUGGUGGAGAACACUUUGAAAGAGCUUGCAGAAGCCAAGAUCAUCGAUCUAGACGAUGAGGAUGACUCAGUGUCGCCCUUGAACCCGGCCAUGAUCGCGGCAUACUACAACAUCUCCUUCAUCACCAUGCAGACCUUCCUGCUCUCGCUGACAGGCCGGACGAAGCUCAAGGGCAUGCUCGAAAUCGUCACUUCCGCCACCGAGUUUGAGGAUAUCCAGAUGCGGCGACACGAAGACCACAUUCUGCGCCGAAUCUACGACCGUGUGCCUGUCAAGAUGUCCGAACCGGCGUACGACUCUCCGCACUUCAAGGCCUUGGUCCUUCUCCAAGCACAUUUUUCUCGCAUGCAGCUCACAAUCGACCUGGCCAAAGACCAAGAGGUCAUCCUCGGCAAGGUGCUCAGUCUGCUCUCUGCGUGUGUAGAUGUGCUCAGCUCGGAGGGACAUCUGAACGCGAUCAACGCGAUGGAAAUGUCACAGAUGGUGGUGCAGGCGAUGUGGGACCGCGACAGCCCGUUGCUGCAAAUCCCACACUUUGACAACAAGAUCGUGGAGAUUCUGGGCAAGCUCGGCAUCAAGGACAUUGACGACUUCAUGACCGCCAUGGACCCCAGCGAAAACUCUGACCAACCCAAACUCGUGGCCGCGAUGGGCCUGACGAACCGACAGCUCGUCGAGGCCGCCAACUUCACCAACAACAAAUACCCGAGUCUCGAACUGGAAUUUGAAGUCCUCGAAAAAGAUGCCGUCACGGCGGGGCAGCCCUCGUACCUCCAGAUCCGGGUCACGCGCGAAGUCGACGACGAUGAAGGCGAAGUGGAUCUCACCGUCCACGCGCCCUUCUAUCCAGGUCGGAAGCUGGAGAAUUGGUGGUUGGUGGUUGCGGAGGAGAAGACCAAGACUCUGCUUGCGAUCAAACGUGUCACGAUUGGCAAGGAAUUGUCUACAAAGUUGGAGUAUGUCGUGCCAACGGCUGGGAAGAAGGAUCUUACCUUGUUCCUCAUGUGUGACUCGUACGUCGGGGUUGAUCAGAGCAUGGCGUUCAGUGUCGAUGCUGCCGAGGGAAUGGAUGAAGAUGAAGACGAGGAGGAAGACGAAGACGAAAAGGGGCAGAAUGGAGAGUAG